AUGCGACUGCGCAAGAGCAGACAGUACCCCCGUAUUGACCACCCCAUAAGCUGCAUCCACUCCCAUCCUAUUCACUUUAGCAAAUGCAGCGCAGCGCACAGUCGUCGGCCGCGUGCGUUGGCCGCCAGUGCCUCUCGUCGCGUACCCCCACCCCCACCGACGACGACGAGUGGCGACACCGACUCACUGGACGGCCAGCGCUCGUACUGCGGCGCUGACAAAGAGACGCGCGUGCAGCCGCUCGUGCAGCUGCGGAAAGACGGCAGUGUCCGUGUGGCCGUGCGGGUUCGCCCGGCGCUGCCCUGGGAACUCGCGCGCAACGCGGUGACGUGCGUCCAGACGCUGCGCGGCGGCGACCACUCGGCGGUCCACGUGACGGCCGGGCCGCAGGCUGCAAAGAAAUUCACGUUUGAUCAUGUCUUUCCGCAGACCACGACGCAGACGGAAGUGUACGAUGAAGCACUGCAUCCUUUGCUGGCCUCGUUUCUACAGGGGUUCAACGUGACAGUGAUUGCGUACGGACAGACGGGGUCGGGCAAGACGUACACGAUGGGAAAUAACAUGCCAUCCGCGUGCAGGAUGGCCAACAACGUGUUUGCCAGUCCUCCUACUUGUGACGACGGCAGGAACGAGGCGGCUGGAGAUACGCUAGAGAGCAGCGAAGGCCUGAUCCCUCGAUUUCUGUAUCAUUUGUUUGCAAAGCUGAACGAGAACAGGCGAAACGUGGAGCUGUCAGUGUCGUUUCUGGAAAUAUAUGGACAGGAUAUCUACGAUUUACUGGACAGCACAGGGACGCAGAGAUUGGGUCGACGGUCGGCGUCGCUGCAACUGCGAGAGGACACGAAGAAUGGCGUGUGGGUCCAGGGACUGAAGGAAGUGCGCGUGUCGAGUCGACAGGAAGCCAUGGAUCAGAUGCGACGAGGUGCGUUGCAACGGAUUACCGCUAGCACACAGAUGAAUGAGCAUUCGAGUCGGUCGCACGCUGUUUAUACGGUUAAGAUUGUCCAGCGCGUGUCGGAAGAGGGGUACAAGAAAGUUGCACCGCUGGACAAAAACAUUGCAGCGUCUAGUUCGAAGAGAAUGAACAAGCUUGCAGUUGAGUCAAGCAACAACAACGAUGUGGCAGCAAACGUGAUCGACUCAGAUGCGGUGAUCGUGUCCAAGCUUACAUUUGUGGACUUGGCGGGAAGUGAACGUCUGAAGAAGACGCUUGCGGAGGGCGACCGCAUGAAAGAAGGCAUUCAAAUCAAUACCGGAUUAUUUGCUCUCGGUAACGUCAUCAACGCGCUUGGAGACGACAGACGCCAGGGAUCAUUCGCCUUUCACGUUCCGUACAGGUCUUCAAAGCUCACGAGGUUACUUCAGGACGCACUUGGUGGAAACAGUCGAACUCUGUUUAUUGCAUGCGUGUCUUCCGCAGACUUGAAUGCAGACGAGACGUUGAACACGCUCGUGUACGCCAAUCGCGCUAAGAAUAUCCAAAACAAGGCUGUGAAGAAUAUCGAUAGCCGCUCCGCGAAGCUGGCAAACCUAAAGGCGUAUAAUCAGCUCUUAUGCCGCGAGCUCGUUAAGGCUGUACUUGCAGGAUUGAAAGGAGAAGCUCACGAUGACAUGGACAGUUUAGUGGAUAUCUGCAUGACGAGCCCGAAAGUUGUAGCACACUUUGGCAGUAUCGAACAGCUAUUGGCAUCGGCAGAAUUGAUGAUGGCAGGUGAUAAGCGCACAAUUGAAGCACGGCAUCUACUGAGUAGCCUUACGUCUCACCUGUGCGAGUUAGCGUCCAAAAAUAAAUGCCAGCGGGCUAUUUCUGUGACGAGCGCAAGUGAAAGCAGACCCAACAGAGUCGAGCGUCGAGAUGAACUGCUGGGCUUUGCCAGAGUCAGCAGCUCUGCUGUGGUAAAAACAAGAGCACGGGAGCUCGACACAGACGAAGCUUGUGUGACUACUUGUACACUGCAGAAGUUUUGCCGCACAUUGGAAAUCGUGAACUUCGCGUUUGAGAUGCUAGAGGUUCAACGAGAAGGAAAGCGCCUGCGUCAAUCGCUAAAUGUCAAACGCAUGAACUCGGAGAUGCGGUAUCGUCGCCAAGUGUUGUUGCGAGACGGAUUAUCAGGUAUGAUCGACAGGAUGCAAACACGGCUAUCUUCGGCUACGUUGACCGAAGAUGCGAGACGGGGCAUCGGAUGCAGUAUAGACGUCGCGAAGGGAAAACUGGACUCGAUGACAGCAGAAAUGGAGGACCUAAAAUGCCAAAUAGCUACGCUGAGUCGUGAGCAAAAGCUGGAGUUGCAGCGCUGCCAAAACGAGUGGAAGGAAAAACAGGACCAAAUCAGUGAAAUGAGAGAGGCCGACAACAAAACAGCAACCAAUACGCUGGAUGUGUUGAUCCGGAAGGCCGAAAUUGAGGUUCGCUUCGACAGGUACGACCUAGACAUUAUUGCGGAUCUUCUCAAGAACGAAGAAAAGGAGGUGGCAGCUUAUCUUGAUGAAGGCAACGAUGCCAUUGCGUUCAUGUCGCCUCUGUUUACAAAGCAAGAACUGGCUUUGUCGCAGCACCGUGAUAUUGUUUUGAUGAUUGAAAAUGAACUCCAGAAUGCGUUAGAUAACGAAGCCCUCGAAGCCUUCCUGCACAAAGAGCUUCGUAGGCGAACGCAGUUGAUCCAUGAAAUCGCUCAAGGGCCAACAGCUUGCCAUCGUGACGAGAUGACUGAGCGCAUGUUUAUGGAGAAAAACGAGCGAGCUUUGAAAGAUUGCGAGAACAGCAUUUCUCAAAUUCGCGAAGCCAUGCAAGCGAAGCAGUGCCAGCGAGCAUCGAUGGGUGAUAUAAUUGAUUCCAUCGAGUCUCUCGACGCGGCAAAGGUUGUGAUUCGAAGACUCAUCAUUCAAAUAUAUGCUCAACGGCGAAACGGCAUGGUGUUGGACGAAAAGGAGGAGUUUAAACGGCAGAAAGAGAUCGAGAAGAGUGUACAGCAAAGUCUGGCUGCGGUGAAGACUGACAUGGACGCAAAGCUGGAAGCUAUCGAAGCAAGAUAUGAGAAGGACUUACAAAGUACUUUCCAGAUGGUGACGAGUUUUGACGACGUAAUUAGAUUGGAUGGUCAAUCGCUGAUGCAUGAUCCGUCGGGGCAAGCUAAAGCAGCAGUCGAGAUUUCUUUGUUGAAGGAGCGCGACAAGAUGCUGGUUGCUGAGUUGGCGGAAAACAACGACGAAAUGGUGGCAAUGCGUGCAGAAUUGGACCGGCUCCGAGCUUCAGCAAAGAGUGCGGAAAAGAAGGAGGAGGCACUUCGUGUGAUGGAUAGAUGCCAGGAGAUUUGGCAAGAACUGGGUGUUAAUGAGGAAGAUCAAGCAAGCAAGUUCCAAGACAUUAGCGAACUGCUGCUGAAAAAGUGCUCUGAAGAGCUAGAAAGUCUCGAGGCUGCUAGGAGAAAAAUCCAAGCUCGGAUUGAUGACGCCUGUCGUACUGUAGGUCGAUUGGAGUCGAUCUUGCGCGUGGAUGCUCCGCUUCAUGCCCAGUCCCUUCCUGAGAUGGCUGGGGAGACGCUUCUUGAGCAAGAGACGUACAUUUUAUCGCUGCAGAGGCGUCUUUCGAAUGAGCUGUGGCACAACUUGAAUGCGCGUAUCCGACUAUCUGAUGAUAUCCGGGAACUAUCAGACGCCCUACAGAUCAAAUCGUGUGAAGAUUUUUGCCAUGUUGCUCACGAUGCACUCCGUUGUUUCGACACCAACUUUUCGGCGUCACAAUCCGUAGAGUUAGAUGUGUGGAAAGCAGUUGCACGGAAUGCGGGCGAGGCUGCUGAGGAACGCGACCCGUUUUUGGAACGUUUAGACGAAGGGACAGAUAUCUCGCGGAUGUCUGUACAGCGGGAUCAGAAUGUAUUUAACACGUUGCUGAUCGAAAAGACAAAGCGGAUUGCGGAGGUGGAAGAGUCUUUGGCGGCUAUCAGGACGAUGGCGCGUAAGUCUCAACUGUCUCGAGAUGACAUCGGGUCAGUGAUUCGCUUAUUACUUGAUGGAGAAGAUGGCGGGAUUGAUGCCAAGGCAAAGACUUUGGAGGCCAUUUGUGCUCAUCUGUUUCAGACGGGCGGCCAACUCGACUUUAGCAAGCGAAUACUUGAAGUGCUUGCAAAGGUGCUUGGGAGCCUCGAGGAGGUUCAAGCAGGGCGAUCGGACGCGUUGACUUUCCUUCGCCGGACCGUAGAAGAAGCUGCCAUGGUGACUCACGACGUUGCUCUAGGUGGUUUCAUGGACGAUGGCAACUUCCGCCACUUCACGUGUCCAUUGCCCCAAACUCCUCACGGCGACCAGAGCUUAAUGGACACGCUGGCUGCUGGCAAAGAGAUACUGUGCUGUCUGAGCGAGCCCGUAGAGAACGCGUUACGCAGUCUCUUGUACUCAAUGGACGACGACUUCGCGGCUUUUGGCAUCGACACGAAUGAGCAGCGAAUGAGCUUUUUUAUGGGGUGCGAGGUAGAAAGAAAGAUGUCUCGACUUGCCAUUCUGGACAAGUACGUUGUCCGCUCGUGCUGUGCACUGAAUGCGUCCGGCGAUGAGGAUAAUCUGAAUAUCGGAGUUCCGGAAAGAGCGCUAGAAUGCAACGAUUCUUUCCUGUCUAGACUUGAUCCUGCAUUUGAGAAGUUCCAUCGGACGUACUCGGUAUCGUUCGGGGAUUCGCAGCUGCAGGGACUUCGCGCCUCGAUUGCAGACACACAGGAAGUAAAAAGCGCGGUGAAUAGCGCACAAACCCGACUGCAGUCAUUGCGGAAGAUCAUGGCCAUCUACAACAAAAUCAACGAGUUCAAGGGCAGAAUCGCUGAAUUCGAAGCCAAUGCCACUCAAAAGGACCGCUUGUUUGGAAACUCGCACGUCUUACUAGAAGAAGAACGGUUUCGCAAGAUGGCAGCCAAACACUACCCGAACUUGCUCGCAGCCCUUCGGAAAGAAGUAUCGCGCUGGCUGGAAAACGAAGGCGGCGAGUAUGACCUCAGCGUUCUCGGUGAGAACCUCAAGAACCUCUUGCUGGACAUGAUGAAUACAAACACUGACCUCAUGCAUCUCGACUUGGGUGUUGUCGGUCGCGCGUCGAAGCAAUUGCUGACUCCGAAUUCAAGCAGCUUCAACCUAUAA